AAAUUACUCAAGUAACAGCUUUUUGGUGAGAGGCUAGGGCUAUAAGAUACUAGCGGGAACCCCGUGGAGACAUUUCAUUGAGCCAGCUAGCAGUGAGCAAGACAUGAACUCUGUAUUUUUCCUUGCUUUGGUCCUAGGCGUCGCCUAUGGACAGCGCGACGACGACGCCAAAUGUUUGACUGGUUGUAAGAUGAACUAUGACCCGAUGUGCGGCAGUGACGGCAAGACCUACAUCAACACCUGCGCCCUCAGCAUCAAGAACUGCGGCAAGGACGUCAAGGAUCACGUGACGGUGCUGUACAAGUCCCCGUGCAAGGACACGGAUGACUGCCUGAAGCCGUGCGACAAGAAGUACGAUCCAAUCUGUGGUACCGACGGCAAGACCUACUCCAACAAGUGCGUCUUGGAAAACGCCAACUGCUACAAGAAACCAGAGAACCAGGUGCAGGUCGACUACAAGGGGGAGUGCAAGAACUGCCCGCGUGACUGUACAUUUGAAUACAAUCCUGUAUGCGGCAGUGACGGGGUCACCUACAGCAACCUCUGCCAUCUGAAUGUCGCCAGCUGCCUUAAGCCAGAAGAAUUUAUCCACUUUAUCUUCGAAGGAAGCUGCACUGAUAAAAGCAGCUGCCCUAGAGCCUGUACUAAGGAAUAUGAACCGGUAUGCGGAAGUGACGGCAAGACAUACGGAAACGCCUGCUCCCUGUUCGCAGCCAACUGCGACAAACCAGACGACGCUCAAGUAACCAUCGCCAAAGUUGGAGAAUGCGACAAAAUGAAAUGCCCGAGACCAUGCCCGAGAAUUUAUGACCCCGUCUGUGGAAGCGACGGCAACACCUACGACAACCAGUGUAUCCUUGACAACGUUAACUGCUACAAGACACCCAGCGAGAAGAUAACGGUAGUCCACCCUGGUGUGUGCAAGACUACGACCUGCCCCAGACCAUGCCCGAGAAUUUACGACCCCGUCUGCGGGAGUGACGGCUACACCUACGCCAACAAAUGCGAACUGGACAACGUAAACUGCGACAAGGAUCCGGAAGAUCAAAUCACCAUUGUCUCAAGAGGUCAGUGCCCAACACAGUGCAGGAAACCGUGCACGAAGAUAAUCGACCCCGUCUGUGGAAGCGAUGGAAUCACCUACCCCAACAAGUGCGAGUUUGACAACGCUAACUGCGAUAGGAAACCAGAAGAUAAAGUAACCGUUGCUUACAAGGGACGGUGCUCAACUAAACCUUGCCCACGGCCAUGUCCAUAUAUUCUUAGACCAGUCUGUGGUAGCGAUGGAAUCACCUACUCCAAUGAGUGUGAGCUUGACAACGCAAACUGUAAUAAAAAACCCGAAGAAAAAAUCACAAUAGUAAUAAGAGAUUCCUGUUCAUCAAGCCCAUGCACUAAGGUGUGCCCGAAAAACUACGUUCCUGUGUGUGGUAGCGACGGCAAAACAUACCCCAACAAAUGCAUGCUUGACAACGUCAACUGCGGCCAAAAACCUGAAGACAAGAUAACGAUUGUACAUAUGGGAGAAUGUGAUUCGCCAAUCACACCUUGUCCAAGACCUUGUCCCUUGAACUACCAGCCACUCUGCGGUAGUGACGGCGUCACGUACUCCAACCAAUGCGAUCUGGACAACGCCAACUGCAACAAGCCAGACGAAGAUAAAAUAACGGUUGUCCACGAAGGGGAGUGCUCAUCUAAGCCCUGCCCUGGGCCGUGUCCGAAGAUCUUUAAACCAAUCUGUGGUAGCGAUGGUCUGACCUACGCCAACCAGUGCGAGCUAGACAACGCCAACUGCAACAAAAAACCCGAAGAGCAAAUCACCAAAGCUUACGACGGCAUCUGCAAAACCUGUCCGACAGUUUGUCCCACUUUGUACGCCCCAGUCUGCGGGAAUGACGGGAAGACGUACGACAACUUGUGCAAGAUCCAGGUCUACAACUGCAACAAAAAACCCGAAGAGAAGGUCACGGUUGACUACUUCGGUCCAUGUAAGGGCGUCAAGUGUCCACGUCCUUGUCCACGCAUCUACAGGCCACUGUGUGGAAGUGACCGGAAGACCUACAGCAACCCAUGCGAACUGGACAACGCCAACUGCAACAAAGUCCCAGAGGAUCAGAUUACUGUUGUGUACGAAGGUGAGUGCAUCGAGUGUCCGAAGUUUUGUCCAGCGGUCUACGCCCCUGUAUGUGGCAGUAACGGCGUGACGUACAGCAACGACUGCAUGCUCAAGGUCGAUAACUGCUACAAGAAACCGGAAGAGCGAAUCACCGUAGUCCACACUGGCGUCUGCGGCAAGCCAGUCUGCCCUAAAGUUUGUCCCAGGGACUACAGGCCUGUGUGUGGUACCGACGGCGUCACCUACGACAACAAAUGUCUGCUCGACCAGGCCAACUGCUACAAACCUAUCGAGGAGCAAAUACAAAUCGCUCACCAAGGAGAAUGUAGCGACCACCCUACCCCAGAGCCAGACUGCCCUAAAGUCUGCCCUUACAACUACUCACCAGUCUGUGGGAACAACAGCAUCACUUACGACAACCUUUGUCAUCUGAAAUACGCCAACUGUCAUCGCCAAUCUGGAGAAGCUGAAAUCACUUUAGCUCACGAAGGAGAAUGUAACGUCCACCCUACCCCAGACCCAGACUGCCCUAAAGUCUGCCCUUACAACUACUCCCCAGUCUGCGGGAACAACAGCAUCACCUACGAUAACAUUUGUCUUCUGAAAUACGCCAACUGUCAUCGCCAAUCUGGAGAACCAGAAAUCACUUUAGCUCACGAAGGUCAAUGCAAUCCCGACUGCCCACGAGUCUGUACUCAAGAGUACGAUCCUGUUUGCGGCAGUGACGGAAAAACCUACCCCAAUCAAUGUAUGCUGAAGGUAAAGAACUGCAAGAAGCCGGAAAGUGAGCAGAUAACGAUCCAGUACGAGGGGGAGUGUCUGACCAAAUGCCCUCGUCUGUGUCACAGGACUAACAAGCCUGUGUGUGGAAGCGACGGGGUCACGUAUCUCAACCGUUGCAUCAUGCGGGCCGUCAACUGCAAGGGUCCUUUCCCUAAGGUCACCGCCCUGUACCGGGGUAUCUGCAAGGAUGCUGACCGCGUCUGUCCGGGUGGGUGUGCCAAGAUUUACCUCCCCGUCUGCGGAAGUGACGGUAAAACCUACGGCAAUGUCUGCUCGUUUGCUGACGCCACAUGCAAGCUGCCUGCUAAUCAGCAGGUGAUACUCACAUCCAACGAGGCUUGUCAAGUGUCUUUUGGGUUCAACAAUUAACAAAAAAAAAAAAAAACAUCAAUGAAUCGUAAAAUUAAAUAAUUAAAAAAUUCUGGCAAUCUAAAACUGAAA